AUGCUUUCUUCAAGCAACUCAAUCGAUUUGCUGAAAACGUUCUCUAAGCAGCUCGGUAAAUUAGAAAAGACUAAGUCUGAUAACCACUAUAAUGACUCGGAUCUGGACGAGGAUCAGACCCCCUCUAAAAUGAAUUUUUCGAAAAGUAUUUCAGCCAAAACCUCCUCUAAAAAGGAGCAGAACUUCAAGGUUGUGGUGAGAGUGAGACCUCCUCUGCCUAGAGAAAUAGAUACACAUGCAGGAUUUUCAUCAAUAACUCAUAUCGCGAAGAAUAAUAAAUAGUGUCACCGUUCAGGAAUAUUUGGGAGCUGAAAUUAAGGAAGGUGGCAGACAGAAAGAAAUAGCUUCAAAUCCCAACAUCUGUGCUUACCACACUUUCAAAUUUGAUUAUGUGUACGAUGAGAAUUCAUCUCAACAAUUUCUAUAUGAGAAUACUGCUAAAUCAGCUGUUCUCUCUGUGCUUGAGGGCUAUAACGCAACUCUUUUAGCAUAUGGGCAAACUGGAACUGGAAAAACUUACACAAUGGAAGGUUUCAGUAAUAGUCUGAAUGAUCCUCAGAAAGGAAUCAUUCCGAGAUCAAUGGAAGAAAUAUUCAAAUUCAUUGAGAAUAGUUCUAACAAGAGCAAGACUUUCAUGGUAAGGGCGUCCUAUCUCCAGAUUUAUAAUGAGAUCAUUACGGAUUUGCUUAAGGAAGAGAUGACUCCUUUGCAAAUUAGGGAAGACAAAAAGAAAGGCGUUUUUGUUGAAGGACUUUCUGAAUGGGUUGUUAGAUCUCCAACUGACAUCUAUAACCUCAUGAAGGAUGGUAUGAGGAACCGAGCCACGGCUGCCACCAAUAUGAAUGAUAUUUCGUCCAGAUCCCAUGCAGUUUUUAUGAUAAUUGUUGAGCAAAUGAGGGAUAUUGGAGACAAAUCUGAAGAUCAUAAAGGGAAACAACAUGAAACCGCUAGAGAAAUCAAAGUUGGAAAAUUAAAUCUUGUGGAUCUUGCAGGAAGUGAGAGGGUUAGAGUAACAGGAGCAACUGGAAAGAGACUUGAGGAAUCUAAAUCUAUUAAUAAAUCGUUAUCUUGACUAGGAAACGUAAUCACAGCUCUAACUGACAAGAAAUUCAGAUCACAUAUUCCGUACAGAGACUCAAAACUCACGAGAAUCUUAGAAGAUUCGUUAGGAGGGAAUUGCAAAACAACGAUGAUGGCAAUGAUUUCGCCUAGCUAUGAUGCCUACUCCGAAUCUGUAUCCACCCUCAAGUUUGCAACAAGAGCAAAGAAAAUUAAGAACGAGGCUAGAAUUAAUGAGGAUGUCGACCAAAAAGCUCUCCUGAGAAAAUACGAAGUUGAACUCAAGAAACUCAGGAAGCAACUUGCUGAAAAGAGAGAUGAAAUAUUCUCUAAAGAAGAGAUGAUGCGUCUCAAACAAGACAGACAGAAAGCAGAGAAGGAUAAGGAAGCUGCCAUUUAUGCACUAGAGUCUAAAUACAAGGAAUAUCUUCAGGAGAAAGAAAACCAAAUCCGCCAACUCACUUCCCAAUUGCUAGUUGGAGGUCAGAGAAUCGAAGAGACACCUCAGUUCAGGUCUGCACUUGAAACCAAACAAAAGUUGAUCCGAGAAGAGUAUGAAGAAAGAUUGCAAGAAAUAGAAAAAGAACGCCAAAUGAUUGAAGCAGAUAAAGCUCAAGUUGAUCGUUAUAAACAGCUUUUAUUAAAACAACGUGAUAUAAUGCUCGCCCUUACAGCAAGAAUUAACGAGAGAGACGAUACGAUAAUUCAGCUUCAGGAAGAACUAGACGCUAUUGAGCAGAUCAAUAAAAGACUGAUCGAGGAAAGGAACAGAGAAGUUGAGCUCGAUUACAAUGAUGAAAAUUCCCAAAAAGAGCACAAGAACCAGUCAUAUCCUCUUACAGGAAUAAUUCCUCCCGAAAUAUUGUUCGGAAAGGAUGCUCCAGACAAAGAAGCUAUGAUGAAGCUCAUGACUUCAGACGAGAUCAUUGAGGAAUUACAAAAGCUUGCAUACCAAAGCAAUAGCAUGAACAGAUUGGUAAACCAUGAUGAUAAAGAAAAUUAUAAAGAGAUAGAAAAGCUAAAUCAACUAGAAACUAGGCUGAGAGAAGUCACCAAAGAAAAUGAGACUCUUAUUGAUGAAUUACAAGAUAAAUAAAUUUGAAGUGUACAAACUUAAGAACGGUUACCAAUCAACUUGUGAUACAUAUGGCAAAGUAGAGCAUGCUCUAGAAGAGAAGAUUUGAACUACUCUCAAAAAGAUGGGGACAAGUAAGAAACAAAUAGGAUCUAUCCAACAGAUUAUCAACCAGACUAUGGAAGAGUUUAGGAGCAAAAUUUUAUCCGAGUCUGAGUCAGAUAUGUGAAACUAUCAAGUUAGCUUGAGAAAGAGUGAGAGUUUUAAACCGCUGAAUUACAAGAAAUACUUGAAAAAGUCUAAUUCAAACUCAAGUGAUAGUGAGGUUGGUUGAAAAUCUAUUCCAGGGAGUGCUAUCAAAGCAUUUAACAAUAGAGGUUCAAUCUCAAACAGAAAUAUGGAAAAUAUGUCAAUGAAAUCUAUCACAAGCAAAUCCAAUAAUGGAACUUGCAACAAAUCUGCUUCAAAAACAAAGAAGGGAGGAUUUACUCAGAAAUUAUCAACCACUACAAAAAAGACUAAGAGUAAGAGAAAUGGUAAAGAGAGGAUGAACAUAGUGCCUUUUAACGGCUAUGUUCCGGAUAUGAUUCAAAACGAAAUUUGCAAUUCUAACAAAUAAUCCCUUCA